CGUUGUUUUUCCGCGUUCUGCUGCGCCUCCCCUCGCCUCCCCUCCCCUUCCUUCGCACCGCCUUCCUCCCUUGCCCGCGUUCCCCGCGCGAUCGAUAACCGCCGCCGACCCAGCCAGCCAUGGCGGAGAUCGCCGAUUGGGCCGUCGCGGGCGAGCUGCCGGAGGAGGCGCGGCCGCCCUCCGCGGGGGCGGGGGAGGACGAGGACGAGGACGAGGAGGACGAGGAGGAGGGGGACGUGUGCCGGAUCUGCCGCAACCGCGGCGACGAGGGCCACCCGCUCCGGUACCCGUGUGCCUGCAGCGGCAGCAUCAAGUUCGUGCACCAGGACUGCCUCCUCCAGUGGCUCGACCACAGCAACUCGCGCCAGUGCGAGGUUUGUAAACAUGCAUUCUCCUUCUCACCCGUGUACGCUGAUAAUGCUCCGUCAAGACUCCCAUUCCAAGAACUCAUUGUUGGCGUUGGAAUGAAAGCAUGCCAUGUGCUUCAGUUCAUCGUCCGGCUUGCCUUUGUUCUCUCAGUUUGGCUCAUGAUUAUCCCAUUCAUUACCUAUUGGAUAUGGCGGUUAACUUUUGUGAGAAGUCUUGGCGAAGCGCAAAGGCUGUUCUUGAGUCACAUCAGUGCUCAGUUGAUCCUUAGUGAUUGCCUACAUGGGUUUCUUCUCUCAGCUAUCAUUGUACUUAUAUUUCUUGGUGCCACCUCUUUGAGGGACUAUAUAAGGCACCUGCGGGAACUUGGUGGACAUGAUGCUGAGAGGGAUGAUGGAGGCCGGGAAAGGCAUGGUGCUCGAGCUGUCAGAAGGCUAGCUGGUCCUAACAAUAGGGUACCUGCUGCAGAUGGAAAUAUUGAUGAACUAGCAGAAGCUCAAGGAGUCGGAGCUGGUGAACUUCUAAGAAGGAAUGCCGAAAAUGUUGCUGCUCGAUUAGAACGACUUGAAGCUCAAGUUGAGCAGAUGCUUGAUGGUUUGGAUGAUGCAGAUGGUGCUGAGGAUGUUCCUUUUGAUGAACUCGUUGGUAUGCAAGGCCCUGUCUUCCACCUGGUUGAGAAUGCAAUAACAGUUCUAGCUAGCAAUGCUAUAUUCCUCAUUGUUGUGAUCUUUGUUCCGUUCUCAUUGGGAAGGAUUGUCUUGUACUAUCUAUCAUGGUUCUUCUCUUCGGCCUCUACUCCCAUGCUGGCGAAAAUGAUGCCCUUCACAGAAACUGCUAUUUCUAUAGCUAAUGGUACAUUGAAGAGUGCAAUUAAUGCUGUGAAAAACUUGUCUUCCGACAGUCAUAACGAAGGUGUUAUUGGGCAUGUGAUUGAGGUUGUUACUCAAUCCUUGAAGAUAAAUGCCACUGGUCUUAGUGUAAUUCAAGGCACUGGGAAGAACAGUCUGAUAAAAGGAACAACUAUCGGCUCGUCUUAUCUUUCUGAUCUGACGACUCUCGCUGUUGGAUACAUGUUUAUCUUUUGCCUCGUAUUUUUGUACAUCGGAUCACUGGCUUUACUUCGAUAUGCCAGGGGUGAACGUUUUACCAUUGGAAGGCUCUAUGGUAUAGCUACUAUAUUAGAUGCCAUUCCAUCUCUAUGCAGACAGUUCUUUGCUGGAAUGAAGCAUCUCAUGACUAUGGUCAAAGUUGCUUUCCUUUUGGUGAUUGAGCUAGGUGUGUUUCCACUAAUGUGUGGUUGGUGGCUUGAUGUCUGCACUUUAAAGAUGUUGGGUGCAACAAUUGCUCAAAGAGUUGAAUUCUUUGCAAUGUCACCCUUGGCAAGCUCCUCUAUCCAUUGGCUUGUUGGGAUUGUAUAUAUGCUCCAAAUAAGCAUAUUUGUCAGCCUUCUUCGAGGGGUGCUGCACAAUGGAGUUCUUUAUUUUCUGCGGGACCCUGCUGAUCCAAAUUACAAUCCGUUUAGAGACUUGAUUGAUGAUCCUGUGCAUAAACAUGCUCGACGAGUUCUUCUAUCAGUUGCAGUUUAUGGUAGCUUGAUUGUGAUGCUGGUCUUCUUACCUGUAAAGCUGGCCAUGUGGGUAGCUCCUUCAAAUUUUCCUCUGGACAUCACCAUUUUUGACCCAUUUACCGAGAUUCCAGUUGACGUGCUUCUGUUCCAAAUAUGCAUCCCAUUCGCAAUUGAGCAUUUCAAGCCUCGUGCAACAAUUAAAGCUCUUUUGCAUCAUUGGUUUGCUGCGGUUGGUUGGGCCCUGGGCUUAACUGAUUUCUUACUGCCAAAACCUGAAGAAAACGGUGGGCAAGAAAAUUGGAAUGGCAGGGCAGAAAGAAGAGAUAGGGGACAGUUUGCCCCACAGAUUGAACAGCGAAUGAUACAUGCUGCUGCAGAAGAUAAUGGUAGGGGGAAUGCAAAUGAAGCCAAUGAUGUUGCUGAAGAAUCUGAUGUGGAUGAUCAGGGAGACUCUGAGUACGGCUUUGUGCUUCGGAUUGUGCUCUUGCUUGUAAUGGCAUGGAUGACAUUACUGAUUUUCAAUGCUGGAAUGAUAGUUGUUCCUAUCUCGCUUGGCCGUCUCGUUUUUGAGGCUAUUCCCCGCCUGCCAAUCACACAUGGCAUCAAGUGCAAUGAUCUGUUCUCUUUCAGCAUUGGGUGUUAUAUUAUCUGGAGUGCAGCUGCUGGGACUAGAUAUGCAAUUGAUUACAUUAGAUCACGACAACUGGGCUUCCUGGUGCAACAGAUCUGCAAGUGGUGUUCUAUUGUAUUGAAGAGCUCUGCUCUUUUGUCAAUAUGGGUCUUUGUUAUUCCUGUGUUGAUUGGACUCCUGUUUGAGCUGCUGAUCAUUGUACCCAUGAGGGUGCCUAUCGAUGAGAGCCCUGUUUUUUUAUUGUACCAGGAUUGGGCGCUUGGGUUAAUAUUCUUGAAAAUAUGGACUAGACUGGUUAUGUUUGAUCACAUGGCACCUUUGGUUGAUGAAAGCUGGAGGUCGAAGUUUGAGAGAGUAAGGGAUGAUGGCUUCUCCCGUUUGAGGGGUCUGUGGGUCCUCCAUGAAAUCAUAAUGCCCAUUAUCACCAAGCUCCUUACCGCUCUUUGUGUCCCGUACGUCCUUGCGAGGGGUGUCUUCCCGGUGUUGGGCUACCCACUGAUUGUGAACUCAGCAGUCUACCGUUUUGCUUGGCUCGGCUGCCUGAUAUUCAAUGCUCUCUUCUUCUGCGCUAAAAGAUUCCAUGUCUGGUUUACCAAUCUCCACAACUCCAUCAGGGAUGACCGCUAUCUGAUUGGCCGGAAGCUGCACAACUUUGGCGAGGAUAAACCCCGGCCGAGUGAAUCUGGAGCAACUUCAGAGUCAGAUGACCAGGACCGGGCACUAAUCCUACGAGAUCAGGAAGGGGGUAUGAGAUUGAGGAUGAGGCGCAAUAACCUGCAUGUGAAUCAACAACCUAGGCUGGCUGCAUGAGCAGGAAUGAGUUUUGACGAAGAGCGCACAACCAACUUCCAGCCUGCAGCUUCUGCGUGUGGUUUGUAACAAGAGUUUGUCUGUUAGUGUUAGGCAAGAGUUCAAGAUUGCUGUACAACAAAGCCUAGGGGUAAAGCUGAAAUGAUUCGUGCGAGGUACUGAUGGUGAAGUCCCUUACCUGUGGUAGUCAUUGCUGACUGUAAAUUUCGUUUGACAGAGCACUACCAGCCAGGGUUAAAAAACCGAAGUCCCUUACCUGUGGUAGUCAUUGCUGACUGUAAA